GAAAAUUGAUAAACAUUGUACUUAUAUAUUGAAAUUGAGCUAAAAUGAGAAGAUCAAAUAGACUAGAAAUUUUUAAAAUCCAAUAACUAAUUUCACCAAUUUUAAAACAAAGAAAUUUUACACAUUGUCACAAAUUACAGAACAAAAAAAAAUUUAAAAUAAUUAUCAUUGAGAAGAUAAGACGCCGCUGGUGGAGGCGUGGAGCGACGGUGAGUGUGAGGGAGUGGGUUUUCACAUUGUCACAAGCGCCGCCGCAAUGUCUCUAAUAGCCAGUUCGUACGAAAAAUUCAUUUGGGGCUACAAACUUCGACAACCCAACCCCACCUCAUCCGACCAAACCCUAACCCCAAACCCCCAAUUCUCCUAUGCUGCACACCUCUCCCCCAUCAAAUUCGUCCCCGUCUCCGGCAUUGUCGCCGCCUCUUCAGCCGGUGACGACACCGUUAAACUCUACGACCUCUCUACAUCCUCCGAACUCGACUCGCUCCUUCUCGAAACCUCUGUUACUUCUCUCUCCUUCUUCACCCCUCCUCUAUCCUCCUUCCCUCGAAAUCUCUUCGUCGCUGCCGACGAUGGGUCCUUCUCGAUUUUCGAUGUCGACCCUUUUGUUCUUCUCAAGACGAUCCAAGUUCAUAAGAAGGGGAUUAAUCAUUUAUGUGUUCAUCCUUCUGGGAAAUUGGCUUUGACUGUUGGGAGAGAUUCUUGCUUGGCGAUGGUUAAUUUUGUUAGAGGAAGGAGGAGUUUUAUUUGUAGGUUAAAGAAGGAAGCUAAUAUUGUUGAGUAUUGUUCUGGUGGGGGUAAAUUUUUUAUGGCUUAUCAUGAGAAAAUUAUGAUUCAUGAUGCGAUGAUGGGCUGACCUGGUGUUGCAACUCGAGGGAAGUCGUCGUGGUUGCGGAUGUUGAUGGCGGUGUGGCUGGAGGAGGGUGGAGCGACGCGUGAGGAUCAAGGGGGGAAGAUGGGCAAGCCGUUGGUGGUUGGCUGGUUGCAGAUGUUGAUGGAGGUGAACUAAGGGAGAUCUUAAAAAAGAAUAGUCAUUGAGAUUCUAAGAGGAAAGAGAGGAGAGAGAAGAUAGAGAAUCAGAUAAGAGAGAGGGGGGCGGUGGGGGGAGUUUUUGAGGGAAUAAUUAGGGUUAGUUGGUUUGGGCCUUUGUGGAGUAAUUAGAGUAAGUCUUCACUAAAAAAGACUCCGUAAAAAAUUAAGUGAUUUUUUCGGAUAUCGGAUAU